AGAGGGCGGAGUACAGCAGUAAAAACCGCCGCAGAGUUGGAUCAGUAUUCCUCGACUUUAAUUUUCUUUUUAAAAAAAAACUAUUCUGUUUUUGGGAUGUGUUCUGUGCAAGUGUUUGGAAGUGGCACGCAGUCAUCGUGGCGUAUUUAAGCUUGAUGGAACUGCACGACGGGAAGACGAUGAGCUGCUUUGGAUUGAAGUCCGAACGUUACAGAGAGCAGGUUCUGUGUGGGGUUGUUCAGAGAGAGGACGCCACUUUGUUUCAGUUGGGAUGGACCGAGAGAGAAGCCCUUUAUUAAGUCAGCCUUACUGUUGAUGAUUCAGCCAAGUUUGUUUAACUUGAAAAUCUAACUUGAAGGCCUUGCACAAUCUUUGUCCCAUCAUGUGGAAUUUUCAGCUUUGUUGUCACCUCGCAGUUGUUUUAGCCGGUAUUAUUCCACACAUAUGUAGUCAAACAUUCAGAGGUCUUAAUGUGUGUGUUAGUGGCAGUGCCACAUCGUGUGAAGAAUGCCUGCUGCUUCACCCGAGCUGCGCCUGGUGCGCCCAAGAGAACUUUGGAAGGGGAAGGACAUUCAUGUCUCAAUGUGAUUUGAGCCAGAACUUGCUUAAAAGGGGAUGCAAUGCUAGUUAUAUUGAAAACCCAAGGAGUAUCAGUUCCAUCCUCAAGAACAAACCCUUGAGUUCCAAAGGCUCAAUGUCUGUCCAAUAUGAUGUCAUCCAGAUCCAACCACAGAAAAUUUCACUCCGUCUAAGGCCAGGUCAUCAGACUUCGUUUGAGGUGCAGGUUCGUCCUGUUGAGGAUUAUCCUGUUGAUCUGUACUAUCUGAUGGACCUCUCGCUGUCCAUGAAGGAUGAUCUGGAUACCAUUCGCAACCUGGGAACUAAAUUGGCUGAAGAGAUGAAGAAGCUAACUAGCAACUUCCGUCUUGGCUUUGGGACAUUUGUGGAUAAGAACUUGUCUCCCUUUUCAUACAUAGCUCCCAAGUACAAAGAGAAUCCUUGCAAUGGGUACAAGCCAUUCCCAAACUGUGUCCCCUCCUUCGGGUUCCAUAAUCACUUAUCUCUAACUGACAAGGUGGACCGAUUCAACGAGGAGGUGCAGAAGCAGGUGGUAUCCCGGAACAGGGACGCACCUGAGGGUGGAUUUGAUGCCAUUCUCCAGGCUGCCGUUUGCAAGGAGAAAAUUGGUUGGAGGAAGGAGGCCUAUCACCUGCUGGUCUUUGCUACAGAUGACGUACCCCACCUGGCUUUGGAUGGCAAACUGGCAGGCCUUGUUCAGCCUCAUGAUGGCCAUUGCCAUCUAAAUGAUGCAAACGAGUACAGUGCUUCAACCAACAUGGACUACCCUUCAUUAGCUCUUCUUGGGGAAAAGCUGGCAGAAAACAACAUUUUCCUAAUUUUUGCAGUGACCAAAAGGCAUUAUGUUCUUUAUAAGGACUUCACUGCAUUGAUUCCAGGAACUACGGUGGAGAUUCUCGACCAAAGCUCAAAGAACAUAAUUCAGCUGAUUGUCAAUGCCUAUAAUAACAUUCGCUCUAAGGUGGAGUUAAGUGUGUGGGACCAUCCUGAGGACCUCAGUCUGGCCUUCACUGCCACGUGCCAAGAUGGCAAGCCUCUUUCAGGAAUGAGCAAGUGUGCUGAUUUAAAGAUUGGAGACACGGUCUCCUUCAACAUAAGUGUGGCUGCCCAUAUCUGUCCUCCUCCAGGCACCCAGAAGAGCUUCACCAUUAAGCCAGUCGGCUUUAAAGACAGCCUAGAAGUCUCCGUGGAUUAUCAAUGUGAUUGCAACUGUACACGCUUCACUCAGGCCAAGAGCAAUCACUGCAGCUCUGCGGGUACCUAUACAUGUGGCAUAUGCCGCUGUGACCCAGGCUACCAUGGCACCAACUGUGAGUGUGAGGAGGAAGAAGUAGGCAGCCUGAACCUCUCUGCCUGUCGGGAAGCUAAAGGCAAACAGGUGUGUAGUGGGCGUGGGGAAUGCAGCUGUAACUACUGCCGGUGCUACGAGUCUGAGUUCGGUAAAAUCUACGGCAUGUACUGCGAGUGUGAUGACUUCUCCUGCGCUCGACACAAGGGCAUCCUGUGUUCAGGUCAUGGGGAUUGUCAUUGUGGGGAAUGUAAGUGUCAUGCUGGCUACAUUGGAGACAACUGUAACUGCUCAAUAGAAACUACUAGCUGUGUCUCUGAAGAUGGCAGAAUGUGUAGUGGACGAGGCAGCUGUGUGUGUGGUCGCUGCCAGUGCACUGAGCCUGGGGCUUUUGGAGACUUGUGUGAGAAAUGCCCCACCUGUGGUGAUGCCUGUGCUGCAAAGAGGGAAUGCAUUGAGUGCACCCUCUUCAACACUGGGAAAUUUGCAGACAACCAAACUUGCCAGCGCAUGUGCAAGGAUGAGAUCAUAGUUGUGGAGACUCUGGAUACAGAUGAUCCAAGCAGUGUACUGUGUUUAUAUAAAACUGAGAAUGAAUGUGUGAUGAAGUUCACCUACUCUGAACAUGCCAGUGGCCAGUCAAUCCUUACUGCUCUGCAGGAGCCAGUAUGUGCUGCUCCCCCUGAUGCUAUGACUGUGCUGUAUGCGGUUGUGGGCAGUAUCUUGUUAGUGGGAAUUGUGCUGUUGGCCAUGUGGAAAUUAGUCAUCACCAUCCAUGAUCGCCGCGAGUUUGCACGCUUCCAAAGUGCACGCUCAAGGGCACGAUAUGAGAUGGCCUCCAAUCCCCUCUACAAACAUCCGAUAUCCACUCACUCUGCGGAGACGGCAUUCCAAAUGCAUAGCAAGUCAUAUAACGGGGGACUUCUCUGAUCUCAGGCCUGCUUGUUGGGGUGGGGACACGGCAGGACCGGUCCAGUUGACACAGUUCACAGUUUUGCAAAGGGGAACCUUCAUAAAAAGACUUUAGGACAACAAAGUGCCAUAAUAGUCUUUUUUCCCAUGGAUCUUUUCAUUGGGACUAAUAACUGAACCACAGCUGUACAAUGAGCGGGACUGCUUAUGCUUGUUAGUUUUCUCUGAUGGAGGAAAUAAACACUUUUAAUACAAGAAUGAUGGACUUUCAAAGGAAUGGGGACUACUUGAGUGAAACUGCCAAUUCCGUAGCUCAAACCACAAUUCCUCCUCAUUGAGGAUGCUGUGUGCAUUACAUUUUGCAGAGAAAUAAGAUGCUGAUGCCUUUAAUAGUAUAAAUUUAUAGACAAGCAUUCUGUAUGUUAACAAUGUUCGGUACUAACAGAGCAAUAACAUUUUUACAUUUAGUUUUGCACAUUGUAUGGGUUUAUAAAAUAAAAUAAAACUAAUAAAAAUACCACCCUCACUUGUUGUCUCACAUUUUCACAUGUUCUCAGUUCUAAUCUUCCAAGAUUUGUGCAGAAUAAUUGAAGAGUGAUUUAUUAGGGCUUAUGGUCCAGUUAACAGCAUUGUUUU